UCAGGCUGUGGAGUCACAGAGGAAGGCUGUGAUUCUCUGGUCUCAGCUCUGAGGUCAAACCCCUCACACCUGAGAGAGCUGGAUCUGAGUAACAAUGACCUGAAGGAUUCAGGAGUGAAGCUGCUCUUUGCUGGACUGAGGAAUCACCACUGUAAACUGGAGACUCUGAGGCUGUCAGGCUGUCAAGUCACAGAGGAAGGCUGUGCUUCUCUGGUCUCAGCUCUGAGGUCAAACCCCUCACACCUGAGAGAGCUGGACCUGAGCUACAAUCACCCAGGAGACUCAGGAGUCAGACUGCUCUCUGCUGGACUGGAGGAUCCACACUGCAGACUGGAGAAACUCAAUGUGGAACAUGGUGGAGAGAACAGAAUGAAACCUGGGCUUAGAAAAUAUGUCUGUGAUCUCACACUGGACCCAAACACAGUAAACAGACGCCUCUCUCUGUCUGAGGAGAACAGAAAGGUGACAGGUAGGAGAGAGGAGCAGCCGUAUCCUGAUCACCCAGAGAGAUUUGAGGACUGUGUCCAGGUGCUGUGUAGAGAGGGUCUGACUGGGCGCUGUUACUGGGAGGUAGAGUGGAGUGGGAGAGGGGAGGUAGAGUGGAGUGGGGGGCCUGUUAUAGGAGUGACAUAUAAAGGAAUCAGCAGGAGAGAAGAGGUUAAGGACUGUUGGCUUGGAUACACUGACAAGUCCUGGAGUCUGUUCUGCUCUGACAACAGUUACUCUGCCAGGCAUAAUAAUAAUCUCACUACCAUAGACGUCCGCCCCUCCAGAUCCCACAGAGUAGGAGUGUAUCUGGACUGGUCAGCCGGCACUCUGUCCUUCUAUAGAGCCUCCUCUGACACACUGACCCACCUGAUCACAUUCACCUCCACAUUCACUGAGCCCCUCUAUCCAGGGUUUAGGGUUGAUUAUGUUGGCUCUUCAGUGUCCCUGAAAUAAUAACUGGACACACACACACACACACACACACACACACACAC